ACUGUUUUGUUCUAACGUUACGUUAGAUAAUGAUGAAAUAUGCAACAUAAAUACAGUGACAUGAGUAAAACUUUAGAGAUGAAAUAAAACUUUAUUUAAUAUAUGAAAUAAAAAGACAGGAUAAAUAGAAGGAUAUCAGAAGCUUAAGAAAUACGAUGUUACAUACAAGAAGGAUUGGAUUUCUAUAAUAAUUCACAGUUACGUUUUGUGAUUGCGUGAUUUCGAUAAAAAAAUUGACGUGUGGCUUUUGUAAUCAGGAUUGUUUACCGCUUAGUUAGCUGUGUGUUUGAAGCAAAAAAUUGUCCAUAUUGGUAUCAAAACCAAUCUAGAGGUUAUUAUAUCCCCAGGAGCGAGACCUAGACCGUUCGCAUUGCGAGGGUGAACGUUGCCAUGCGACAGGAUGACGACCUCAGUAAUCUUGAGGUUCUGGACGAGGGAACCAUCGUCCACGCGCUCCGGGCCAGGUUUCAGCACGAUCACUUCUGUACGUACAUUGGGGACAUUCUAGUGGCUGUAAACCCCUGCAAGUCCGUACCAAUUUUUGAUGAACAGCACCAUGAGGACUACAAGGCACUGCAUAAGCGGGCGUCACAGCCUCCUCACCUGUUCUGGGUGGCGGACGCGGCAUACCGCGAGCUGCUGGCGACCGGUAGGAACCAGGUUAUUCUCGUAUCCGGGGAAUCGGGGGCCGGAAAGACGGAGAGCACUAAAUAUAUGAUACGUCACCUCAUGUACAUAAGUCCGAGCGAUGACACGAGCCUGUUGGACAAAAUUGUGCAGGUAAAUCCCCUUCUGGAGGCGUUCGGGAACGCGGCUACGGUGAUGAACGGAAACUCGAGCAGAUUUGGCAAGUUUAUAGAGCUCUCCUACACACCCACGGGGAACCUACUUGGAGCCAAGAUCGACGAUUACAUCUUGGAGAAAUCGCGGGUUGUCCAUCGGAGCAGGGGAGAGAAGAAUUUCCACGUGUUCUACGCGCUGUUCGCCGGCAUGUCGCGGGAGCGCCUUCUGUACUACUUCCUGGAGGAUCCCGAGUGUCAUAGGAUAAUGAGAGACGCGGAGCCUGGACUGGGGGUGUUCCGGGAUCCAGAGGAGUUCCAGUAUUACCGGAGCAUGUUCCACAACCUUACAGCCAUCAUGACGGACGUCGGAUUCUCAGACGAGCACAUCACGUUGAUCUUCCUCGUGCUGGCGGCCAUCCUACACCUGGCUAACAUCGUGUUCGUGCCGUGUGAGGAGACGGACGGCGUCUCUGUGGUGGACGAAUAUCCGCUUCACGCCGUCGCCAAGCUUCUUGGUGUUGAAGAUGAAGUGCAGCUUACGGAGGCGCUUAUAUCAACUGUCAGCCGCAUCAAAGGUGAACGUAUCCAGAGCUGGAAGAACGAGCGGGAGGCGAACGACGGCCGGGACGCCCUCGCCAAGGAGCUGUACUCCCGACUGUUCGGCUGGAUCGUCGGCCAGGUGAACAGAAACCUCACCACCGACAACGUCCACAGAUCCCGUGGUCCGUCCAUUGGUCUGUUGGAUAUGUCCGGUUUCGAGAACUUCCCAUGUAACGGGUUCGACCAGUUCCUUAUCAACGUCACUAACGAGCGCCUCCAGCAAUAUUUCAUGGACUAUAUUUUCCCGCGCGAACAAUUGGACUACGAACGCGAGGGCAUCACGUGGACCAACAUCGAGUAUCAUAGCAACGAAGACGUAUUGAAUCUAGUUUUUCAGAAGCCCCAUGGGAUCCUGCGCCUGUUGGACGAGGAGUCCCACUUCCCUCAGUCCACAGAUGCCUCCCUCGUGCACAAGCUCAAGACGUACUCUGGUGCCUCCCCGCGCUUCCGGCCCAUCGUCGGUGACAAUUGCUCCUUCAGCAUCCAGCACUUCGCGGAACAGGUGACGUAUGACGCCCGCGGUUUCCUGGAGCGUAACCGUGACAACCUAAGCGUGGACCUGGUCACGUGUCUGUUGCAUAGCAACAACAACUUCAUCCGCGACCUCUUCACAGCCUACAGAUCCGAGACAGGCACCAUCUCAGAAAACUGUUCAACACGACGGUACGCCCGCCACGUGAACAGCCGACCGCAGCUCCCGGACGAAUGGCCGUCCACCAUCGACCCGCGGACGUUGAGCGAGUCGGUCUCCCGCAAGGCCUCAUUGAAGAUCAAGAAACAAAGCAUGCAGCGAACCCUGUCCGGGGACACACUCGACAGCCUGUCCGUGAACCGCGCCUCGCCCACCGUUACUAAACACUUCAAGCGGUCCUUAACUGAUUUAAUGGAGAAACUGGAUGCCGCCCAGCCAUUGUUCGUAAGAUGCGUGAAGCCAAACGCGUUCCUGAGUGCUGGCAAGUUGGACUCGGAGCUUGUGCGGCGGCAGUUGCUCUGUAAUGGUCUUAUGGAGCUCGCUCAGCUGCGCAGGAACGGCUUCCCCGUCAGGAUCGUCUUCCAGGACUUCGUCCAGAGGUAUGGCGUAUUGGCGGAGGAGACGGACGGACUUAGCGACUAUGAGCGGACCAUGGCCAUCUUGAAGGCUAACGACGUCCACGGAUUCCAGAUCGGUAUAUCAAAGAUUUUCCUAAAAGCGUGGCAAAAAGAGGAAUUAGAAAAUAGACUUAGAGAAAAGCUCGAGGAGUUAGCGCGCUUGGAGCGGGAGCGGGAAGAGGCCCGGCAGCGGGAGGCAGUCAUACUGGAGCACGAGAGAGAAAAGAGGCGCCGCGAGGAGCACCAUCGUAGGGAGCUCCAGAGGCAACAGGACGAGUUGGAUGCUUUGGAGAGGCGGCGCGCGUCCCGGGAGAGUCUCGUGUUCGAGGACCGGAUGACGGACAGCCCGCCCGCCAGCACGCCUCGCCGAUCCUUGGACAGCGGCAUCGUUGGUUACACAGACACUGACGCUCUUUUGAAGGAGAAGUUAGCGCGUCUUAAGAAGACAGAUGACGGCAUCCUGGAGAGUAUCGCCACUUCCGGUAAGCGAGCCGCUCCACCGCCGCCCGUCCAAGACGUCGAAGACAAUGGCAGCCUGCCACCUAAACGCCAGACUUCACAGACGUCAGAAGAUGCAACGACGACGUCCUACGAGUCGGAGGGGACAAAUGAGCAGUGGCGUCCGUACGACAUAUUCCAAGUAUCGGAGCGCGAGUUCGAGGAGAAUGACGCCAUCUUCAAGGAGAUCCUGAAGCUCGUGCGGCUCUUCAUGUACGUGCUCAUGUUCGUCGCCAUCCUCGCGGGGGCCGUCACCAACAAACUCUCCCUCCUCCUCCUUGUUUCCGGACUAAACAAAGAGGAGGAGACACGUGGGGAGCACGUGACCCUGCUGCUGUUGUGCAUGUGCUGCCCCAUCGCCUUCAGCUGGUUCAUGUCCGCCAUGAAGACGCUGUUUGGAGGCAAGGAAUGGCCCUCUGUCAAGACUUUUCUCAUUCUGGUGGUGGUGGAGUGUUUGCAGGGCCUUGGCGCAUGUCUGUUGAUGUUCCGCGUACUUCCAACCACGGAUGUGUUCCGGGGAACCAUCGUCACGUUCGCCGUCUGCCAGGUGCCAAGCCUUCUCAAUGUGAUCGUCCGUGAGCGCCGACCCAACCCCAGCGUCAGCGAGAUAGUGGCCAUCAUCAUGAAUGUUCUCGCGUUCUUCAUUCAGGUGGGCGCCAUCCCUUUCUUCAUCAACAGCCAGUUUUUCAUGACCGGAAAUCACACCAUGAUGGAGGGCGUCAACUCCACCACUUACCAAAAUGUGGAUAUUUCGUUGAACCAUGAGCUGCAGUGGGAAAUACCAGUUGGGUUGUUGUUAUUUUCGGUGGGAUACUGGGAAAACUAUGUGUCCGGUGACUGGACUAUUUUCGGUAAAAUUCGAAUCCCUUUCAAGCAGUGGCGAAGGAUACUGCAGGAUUCCCGCGACACGGCCGGUAUUUUAGUAUAUCCCUGGAAAAUAGGGCUGAUGGUCCUUUUGGCACGACUUCUUACAUUGGACACAGACUUCCGUUUGCCGGAGACGCCAUCAGUUCCUGAAAACAGCACGGAGACGGUUGACUCGGUGGAGGAACACUUCACGUCAUACAGUCUCAUGUAUCUUCAGCUUGGUUCAGGGAUCGCGAUAACCUACCUGUCGGGUCUCGCCUGUAAGCUCCACAUGCAACGGGUCGCCUUCUCCCUCUCCAUCAUGCUGGCGCCGCCGGUCACGCUUGCCGUCGUCUACCUGCAGUGUAGUUUCCGGUUCAUGCCCGCCCACUGGCACAUGGGCGGCUGGUUCUGCCCGUUAGGGACGAUCGAAGACCUCAUGCUACCGAUCAUCUGCGCAGGCGCCUUGUGGAUUUCGUAUGCUAUAGUGACGUCACAUAUCUGGUUACCGCAGAGCGAGAGAAUGGCCAAACUGGAAAAGCUGUUUAUUACACCACAUUUCGAAGGUAUCUUCUCUGACUUCACAUUAACGUUAAGACGUCGCCGUAACGACAAGGAAAUCAAGGUCACGGGCUUUGACACGUUCCGUUACGUCGGAGAAGACAGUUUUGAAGAUGGUGUAUAUAAUACAAAACCGAACGUGAUUCCACAGAUCUACGCAUGCGCGACAAUGUGGCACGAGACCAGACAGGAAAUGACACAACUGCUCAAGUCCAUGUUCAGGUUAGACUAUGUCCACUGUGCUAGUAGGCUUGCUCAGGAGAAAUUCAGAAUUAAGGAUCCAGAUUACUACGACUUCGAGAUCCACGUCAUAUUCGACGACGCGUUCGAGCUGAAUGAUGAUGUUGAUAAGUUUGUACCGAACCAGUUCGUCAAGAACUUCAUGGAGUGCAUGGAAGACGCCGCUAGGUCGGUUGUAAAAGGUCCGAUCAUCAUCACGCCGCCCACAAAGUAUGUGACGCCAUACGGCGGCCGCCUAGUAUGGACGAUGCCCGGCCACACUAAGAUGGUUGUCCACGUCAAAGACAAGAACAAGAUACGUCACCGGAAGCGAUGGUCACAGUGUAUGUACAUGUAUUAUCUGCUGGGGUUCCGCCUGUUCGGGGCCCGUGAUAGCGACAAGGCGUUCGCGGACGAGUCUGAGCUGGAGAGCCACGUCUCCAAGGCCCGCAACCGGAAGAAGAAGACCAAGAAGGACAACCUCUCCCGACCAAUCAAAUCCCUCUUCAACAAAAUGGACCCGGAAACGUACGAGAUGGCUGAGAACACGUUUAUUUUGACGCUGGACGGCGACGUUGACUUCCGACCAGAGUCCGUUAAGCUCCUUAUUGACCGGAUGAAGAAGAACCGAAAAGUGGGCGCCGUCUGUGGUCGUAUCCACCCCAUCGGCUCAGGUCCGAUGGUGUGGUACCAGCAGUUUGAAUACGCGGUCGGCCAUUGGCUGCAGAAAGCCGCCGAACACGUGUUCGGCUGCGUACUCUGCUGUCCCGGAUGUUUCUCCCUCUUCCGCGGUUCCGCCCUCAUGGACGACAACGUGAUGAAGAUGUACACCACUAAACCCACCGAGGCCAGGCACUAUAUACAGUUCGAACAAGGUGAAGAUCGAUGGUUGUGCACCCUUCUUCUACAACAAGGCCACCGUAUCGACUACUGUGCCGGUGCAGAUGCUCUCACCUUUGCACCGGAAACGUUCAACGAGUUUUUCAACCAGCGACGUCGCUGGGCUCCCUCGACCUUGGCCAACAUGAUGGACCUUCUCUCCUCCUGGCACGAUACCGUCCGCAUCAACGACAACAUCUCCCGACCCUAUGUGCUCUACCAGUUUAUCCUGAUGGCAUCCACGAUCCUGGCUCCCUCCACCAUCAUCCUGAUGAUAACUGGCUCGUACCACUCAGUACUCGGCUUUGGGAUUUGGGAGUCCUACCUUCUGUCCAUCUUGCCAGUUGGUGUAUACAUUACCAUCUGUAUGACUAUGAAGAGCGACCACCAAAUCACAGCCGCCGCAGCGAUAAGCGCCAUAUUCACAGUGGUGAUGAUGAUAGCAACAGUUGGCACUAUCAUCAGUAUUGUGACAGAGAAUUUCGGCAGCCCCAAUGUUGUGUUUUUAACAGGUCUCGUGUGUGUUUUCACAAUUGCCGGCAUUUUACACCCGCAAGAGUUCUUCUGCUUGGUCUACGGUCUGUUGUAUUUCCUCACAGUACCUUCAACGUUUAUUCUGCUGACGGUGUAUUACCUGUGUAACCUGAACAACGUGUCCUGGGGUACUCGUGAAACACCGAAGAAACUGACAAAAGAGGAGGAAGAAGAAAAGCUACUACAAGAAGAAGAGAAGAAGAAGAAAAAAGAGAGCCGAUCAAUCCUGAACAGACUGGGUCUUCACAAGCUCGUGAACGAUUCGCGGGAACUCAUACAGACAAUGAUGGGAAUCAAAGUGGAGAAAAAGGAGACGUGCACGAUGGGAGUGCAGACGGAGGAGACGAAGCCUCCCGCUCCCAUACUGAAGGAUCGCUCCCUCAAGUGUGAGCGGCAGCAGAGCAAGCCUGUCACGAUCGUAGAAGACCUGGUCCCAUCGGGCUGGGAGCCCAACCCGGAUAGACCGUACUGGACGCACAUGGAAUAUAUAGGCAACGGACGGGUGGAGAAACUUGAUGAAGAUGAGAUGGACUUCUGGAGGUUUAUCAUCAAAAAGUACUUACAUCCUCUGGACGAAGACAAAAGUCAUAAGGAUAAAAUUGCUCACGAUUUGAUUCAGCUGAAGAACAACGUUGUAUUUAUUUACUUUAUGAUCAACUUCUUGUGGACAAUCAUUACCUUACAGCUGCAGACGAUGGAGGAUAAACUCAAAGACUUCUACAUCAUCAACAAAUAUGAGCCGCUAUCGCUCAUGUUCCUGUCUGUGUUCGCCUUCUGUAUCACGCUCCAGUUCAUCAGCAUGUUCGUUCACCGAUGGGGAACCUUUCUCCACCUCAUGUCCAGUACCAGGAUUGACUGGUUCCAGAACGCUUCCACUGAAGAAGACUUUGUACGCUUUGUAGUGGCUGAGGCACAGCGGCUCCAGCGACUGGAGCCGGCCGCUGAUUACGACGAGCUUCCCCCGGACUAUGAAGAUGAUGACGAGGAUCUUUCGGGCACCAUGACGCCCGGCACUGAAAACCGGUACAAUGAGAUUCAGCGCAUGGACGGAUCUAUGCAACGGAGGCGCUCAAGCAGGCGUCACGUGUCCAGCAGUGGAGGCGACAAUGCCGUUCCUCUUCUCCAACAAAUAUUUGAGGACAGACUGGAGAAUAUUCAUAGAAAGUGGAAACAAGGUUCGCUUGCUUUCCGAAAUAACAGAAUCCCUAGUAAUAUUGAACGUAAUGACAGUUAUAGAUUUUCAAAUAAAUUUAAUGACAUGCGUCAACGUAUGUAUAAACGGAGCUUCAAAAAGACAAGCAAUAGCAGUUUGAGCGAUGACAGCCGCUUUAAUGGAGUUGUAAUUGAGACGUUAUGAGUCUACACGCAACAGUCAUUGUAUAAUUUCUAGUGCCAGUGCUAUGUACAUUCUAAUAUUUAUGCAUUCAUGUGAUUUUAUAUUUAAGUAUGUAUUAAUUUGUGUAAUAUAGAAGUUUGGCUAAAUGUGCAUCUAUUUUUAGUAUGGCCUGGAGCAGUGUAAAUGUAUUUGCUUAUUUCAUCUAUUGCUGGUUUAUCUGGUGUAAGUUUUGUGUUUGUGUGGAAACAUUAGGCAUUAUCUUGUCAUGCUUGGGGAAUUGUCUAUUUUAUGGUCGUUGCAAUGAUUAUGGAAGUCGCUGAUGAGAAUUAGUUGUGUUAAGGUUUGCUGCUUGUAAUCAUUAGUAUUAACGCCACAGACCCAGACACGGUGUUAUGAUCAAAUAAUUAAUAAAAAAUGUAGAGACACGUUUCGAAAUAGUUCUUAAAUAAGAUUCCUGUUUGACAUUGUUAACUGUUCUCUUGAGACGUGUAUAGAAUGGAUUUAAUAUGAACUAUUUUCCUUUAAAUUUUAUAUAAAUGAGUCUAGUCAUCUGAUAACUCAAAUAAAUUGUAUCAAUAUAUCA